AUGGCUUCAUUGCACUGGCGAAAGCCUUCCCUGUUUAGCCGUUAUGGCUUCAUGCACUGGCGAAAGCCUUCCCUGCUUAGCCGUUAUGGCUUCAUGCACGGGCGAAAGCCUAACUGCCGGGUACUGCCCGUGGAUCUCGGUCCUAAGGUCGCUUUUGGCAGCCCCUUCUGGGGAGAAACCGUCGAUCCGUCCAAUGCCCCCGAGAAGCUUCGCCUGGAGCAGGAGGAACAUUUUCAUUGGCUAAAAGAGUGGCAGUUCAACCCCGACCAUCCAAAGCACGAUAGUCCUAGCAUGGUUGCUCUUGGCAAUUGGGAAGAUAUAUAA